CGGAAAAAAAGCUAAAAUACGCAUAAAUGCUAAGCUGAUGCAAUCUAUUAUUUAAUUGCUAGGAGUAUACGGCCAAUUCAGUAAUGGGUUUCAAGACCCCAAGUGCGUGCUACCGCGAAAACACUAGCCGCCGCCUGUUGCACAGUGUUCAUCGAUAACAUGUACCAUGAGACGCGCCAUCAUCAAACCGCUGUUGCGCAUAUAUAACCAAAAACCCAGAGUCUGGAAGGAAAACUACGCAACGCAAAUAGAUACAGACUACGCGGAGUGCAUACUGGACCCCAAGGAGUAUGUGGACUUUAAGAAACAACUGCGACAGAUCAAUAUAUAUCCCAAGGAUGGGCACACGUGCUUGCAAUUGGAGUGCCGGCUGUGUGAGCGUAAUAGGCUGCCGGCAGCAGCACAGACAAGAGGCGCCGCCGAGCAAGGGCUGCUGGCUUACGUAAACAAGCGGACGGGUGCCUUCAUCUGCCCAAAUUGUGAUGUGAAAACCUCUCUGGCCAAUGCUUUGACGGCAUAUCAGCUGCCCUCGCCAGCCGGUUACCAGCGCCCGCCACAAAGGAAGCCCGUCUAUGAAACGCGCUUUCCCGACCUAAUAGAUGUGACGCCAGAGGCAUGUGAUGUCCUAGGAAUCAAGGGCUUGAAGGAGUCGCAGUUGAAUGGCAUUGGAGCCCAAUUCGAGCCGGAACAGAAUCUGCUUCACUUCAAGCUACGUAACGGCGCGCAACUGGUGGUCGGGGAGAAGGUGCUGCAUUUAAGCGACCGCCAUGAGGAGACCUUUCAGGGAAGCUCCAUGUCGGGACUGCUGAUUCAUGGUGUGGGGAACAAAAGCAAAGCGGUUCUAGUCAGCAAUUUGCUUGACUUUAUUGUCCUCUCCACCCAAAACAUCGAAACGCAUUGCAUUGUCUGCCUGCCGUACGAGCUGAAGAUGCUGCCGCAGGAAUGCCUGCCUGGAUUGGAGCGCUUCAAGGAGCUGGUCUUUUGGCUGCACUACGAUAGCAGUCACAGCUGGGAUGCCGCCCGAGCGUUUGCCCAAAAGAUAGAUGAAAAGCGUUGCCUCCUCAUCAGACCUACCGAAACGGAACCAGCGCCCCACCUGGCCCUGCGUCGUCGCCUCAACCUCCGCCAUAUACUGACCAAGGCCACGCCAGUGCGGCACAAGGCCAUCACCACAUUUGGGGCGAUGAAGAACGACAUACUCAGCGAGCUGCAGAACAUUGAAAAAGUGAACGGCGUGAAAUGGAAGCGUUUCCCGGUGCUGAACAAGUUGCUUAAGGGCCACCGAAGGGGAGAGCUGACCAUCCUGACAGGACCCACGGGCAGCGGGAAGACCACCUUCAUGAGCGAGUACUCUCUCGACCUGGCUAUGCAGGGCGUGACCACACUCUGGGGCUCUUUCGAGAUCCGCAACACCCGCCUGGCGGCUACCUUGCUGCGGCAAUAUGUGGGCUACCCGUUGGACAAUAAGCUGCAGGAGUUUGACCACUGGGCCACAGAGUUUGAGCGCAUGCCGCUCUACUUUAUGACCUUCCACGGCCAGCAGCCGCUGAAGCCAGUGCUGGAGGCCAUCGAGCAUGCGUCCUACGUGCACGACGUGAUGCAUGUGAUAAUCGACAACCUCCAGUUCAUGAUGGGAGUCUCCUCGUUUCGCGGCGACAAGUUCUGGGAGCAGGAUGGCAUCAUUGCCGCCUUUCGCAGCUUCGCCACCAAGCACAAUGUCCACGUAACGCUAGUCAUGCAUCCGCGCAAGGAGCGCCAGGAGGAUGACCUCACCACGAGCUCCGUCUUUGGCACGGCCAAAGCCACACAGGAGGCGGACAAUGUGCUCAUCAUUCAAGACAAGCGACUGACAUCGGUGCGGGGCAAAAAGUAUUUGCAGAUAGCCAAGAACCGCUACAGCGGCGAUCUGGGCAUUAUGCCGCUUGAGUUUGACAAGGAGGCGCUCAGCUACUCUUCGCAGAUCCAAAGUGCCAAGCGACGACGGGAGAAGCCAACGACAGAGGCUUGAUGUACUUAUUUAUGCAUUUGUUGAUACUAUCUGAUAUACAUAAUUAUUCUGUUGUCUAUAACUAGGUUAGGCUUAAGUAUAAACUCCUCGGUGCCGUGUGGCCAUGGACUGCAGCAUCACGUUGAGCUCUGCUUGUAGUUCUUUGUGUUUAGAAUCUUCUUGCCGCACAUGGCGCAUAUGGCCUUUUUGUAGGCGCACGCCUGGCAGUAGUGGGCUCCCAUCUGGUGGACCUUUUGUCGGCAAAUGCUGAAAUGACCAGCAAUCAGAGGACUGGACGGCGAUUUUCCCGAUCUGGUCAAAACGAAUGUCCUGCGGAACAUGAACACCUGUCUGGACA